AUGGCGUGGUCGAGAGGCGUCUGGUUCCUGCUCGGCAAGCCUUUUGUGCUUCAAAAGUGGCAUCCAAAGUUCAAACCCAUCAAGGAGGAAUUUUCAUCUGUUCUGAUCUGGGUGAAAAUACACGACCUCCCACUUGCAUGUUGGAAUUCAGAGGGGAUAUCACGUAUAGUGAGUAAAAUCGGGAUACCGGUUGCAGCGGACAAGCUGACUGAACAAAUGACGAGGCUAACCUACGCUCGUGUAUGUGUGCUGGUGGACAAUCUUGCUUCAUACCCGGAGGAAAUCCAGGUAUCCCUUGAUGGAGAUGUGGUCACCUUAAGAGUUCAAUAUGAAUGGCGCCCUAACCCCUGCGAUCACUGUAAGUCGCUUAUGCAUUUUUCAUCUUCCUGUCCUAUUGUUCCGAAAGUUAACUCUGAAGAACGCCCGAAGGAGUCGUCUGAUUUAAGAGGGCAACCUAUGACAUAUCAACCGCACUCCCCAACCGCAAAAAAUAAUCCACAGUUGGAUGUCAAUCCCAUGGGUGAUGUGCCGCCAAUUGAAGAUGCUAUUGUCUCUGGCAUCCCGAACCUCAAUUCUCCACAGGAAACUAUCUCCUCAUCAUCUACAUCUCAAAACUUCAAUCAACCCAAAGAUAUAUUAUCGCCAAAUAAAUUUGAUGCUCUUAACAGUAUUGAAGAGCAAUUUCAGCAAAACGAUGAUACUCAGUGUUCGGUUGAGAAUUUGAGUUCCACAACCAGUGGGAAACCUAAGGCCUUGGAGAAGGGCAAGCAGCCACAAUAUAGUGUGGCAUCUAAAAAGCCUACAAGGGGGAAGCAGGGCAAAAAACCUCAACAACAAUCUCAAUAUUAA